CUCGGGAGCGCGGCCGUCGCAGGGGAGGCGCUGCGCCCCCGGCCCGAGCCGAUCGGGGGGCUCCUGGCGCCAGCCUCGCUCCAGAACGCGCGGGAGGACCUCCUGCCGUCUGACUUGAGUCCUGCUGCUGCAGCACACGCCCCUUCGGCAGCCAGGGUGGGGCCCCGAUUGAACCUGGCCCCUCCCGCCCCUGCCUCGCCUUUGGGUCGCUGAGCCCCAGGCUGCGGAGAGGGUCCCGGAGCGGGCACCACGGAGCCGGCAACCUCUUCCACCCACCCAUGCCCACCCCGCCUGAGGCUGAGAAGCAGCACACAGGGCCAGAGGAGGGGGAGCAGCCUCCCUCCAUGUCCAGCCAUGAUGCGGCGCCCCCGGCCCCCCACAGGCGAAACCCCUGCUGCUUGUGCUGGUGCUGCUGUUGCAGCUGCUCCUGGAACGAGGAGCGGCGGCGAGCGUGGCGGGCCUCCCGAGAGAGCAGGCCGCAGCCCCUCCCCAGCUGCGAAGCCUGUGCCACGCCGAGCCCUGAGGAGGUGCGGAGCUGGGCGCAGUCCUUCGACAAGCUGAUGCACAGCCCAGCGGGCCGCAGCGUGUUCCGGGAGUUCCUGCGCACCGAGUACAGCGAGGAGAACAUGCUCUUCUGGCUGGCCUGCGAGGAGCUCAAGGCCGAGGCCAACCAGCACGUGGUGGACGAGAAGGCGCGGCUCAUCUACGAGGACUACGUGUCCAUCUUGUCCCCCAAGGAGGUGAGCCUGGACUCCCGGGUGCGGGAGGGCAUCAACAAGAAGAUGCAGGAGCCGUCGGCGCACACGUUUGACGACGCGCAGCUGCAGAUUUACACGCUGAUGCACCGAGACUCCUACCCCCGUUUCCUCAGCUCCCCCGCCUACCGCGCCCUGCUGCUCCGGGGGCGCUCCACGUCCUCCAGUGAAGCCUAGACUGCCCACCGCGGCUGCCCGGACGCAGGAUCCCUCCCGCGGCAGAGGCUCCUUUCACAAGAGCGCUUCACGUGUGGGGCACACCCGCUGGGCCCAGCGCCCCGGGCGGUCCCAGGCAGGAGCUCCAGGUGCAGGGCAGGCCAGAAGCCCCCUUCCCCACCCAGAGGACCCAGCGCCCCAGGAUCCAGAUGAGAGGCAGGCGUGAGGGCCUCUGGGCCUAGGCGGCCCCUCCAGCACCACCACCCCCACUGAGCACUUGCUGCUGGGGUUCCCACCCGGUGAAAGGAGGCACCCUCCCUGAAAGCAUCCUGGACCCACAAAGCUCACAAGGUCCUCCUCCCCGGGCCCCUGGGGGCCCUGAGAAAUGCCUUUGGUGGAGAACAGAACCUCUGUACUGUCUCGUUUUGUGACAAGAGGAGACCUCCAACUGGUGCCAUCUGCACCCCGGGAUCAGACCCAGGACCUCAGAACCAGGCUCAAGGCAGCAGGACCCGGUGUCUCUUUUAUAUGUUCAUUGAGUUUAAACCAGGAAACAUGGCACUGUGUGUUUUAUCAAAAGAACAAAAAAAAAGUUUUCAUAUUUAACUCCACUCCU